AUUAAAACCGUCCUCAGAGCGGCUUAGAGGACAUCACUCUGGAGUUUCUUUUAUCAUCGGAGUGUUACGCGCAAUGGAACCAGCCUUCGGGGAGGUGAACCAGCUAGGUGGUGUUUUUGUAAACGGAAGACCGCUACCCAACGCUAUCCGGCUCAGGAUUGUAGAGUUAGCCCAGUUGGGCAUAAGGCCUUGCGACAUCAGCAGGCAGCUUCGGGUCUCUCACGGCUGUGUAAGCAAGAUUCUGGCCCGCUACAACGAGACUGGCUCCAUUCUACCCGGCGCAAUCGGUGGCAGCAAGCCACGGGUUACAACUCCCACAGUGGUAAAGCACAUACGGACUUAUAAACAGCGGGACCCGGGCAUUUUCGCCUGGGAGAUUAGGGACCGGCUCCUUGCCGACGGCGUGUGCGAUAAAUUUAAUCUGCCAUCAGUGAGUUCGAUCAGCCGGAUCCUCCGCAACAAGAUCGGAAAUCUGUCACAGCAGAACCAAUACGAGACGAGCAAACAGACUUCUCACCCUCAGCCACAACCCACACUGCCGUAUAACCACUUAUACUCUUAUCCGACUCCGAUCGCAGCGGCGGGGACUAAAGUGCCAACUCCCCCUGGCAUGCCCACGCUUCCUGGACAUAUGGCUAUGCACAGAAUAUGGCCCUCUUCGCAUUCUGUCACAGAUAUUUUGGGCAUUCGAUCAAUAACGGAGCAGCAAAUUAGUGACAGUCCGACCUUUCCCAGUGCCAGACUAGAGGAAUGGAGCGCUAUUAGCAGGAGUAAUUUCUCGUCAGCGAGCUCUCCACUAGUCAAUGGCGUGGAUAAGCCUCACUUAGAAGCUGACGCAAAAUACUCACAGACGCCGAAUGGCUUGCCCACAGUGAGCAGCUAUGUCACAGCUCCCAGCAUCCAUCCCUACCAUCCACCCACCCAAGUGUCGCCUUACAUGGGGUACAGCGCCACCACGUCGGCCUAUGUGACCGGCCCCACAUGGCACCCGCACAGUGGCAGUGUUCUCUCUCCCCACAGCUGUGACUUUGCUGCCCCGCUGACCAUCAAGGGCAUGGCAGCCGCCCGGGACUUCGGGCACCCUGUCACGGCCUCCGCUCUGUGACCCACAAGCAAGUGGCCCCCGGAGAGACGCACUGCGUGCGUCUUUCCAGAAACUGUCGGCGGAUGGACUAAUGCCAGCUCGUCGGUGCAUUUAUGAAUGACUAGUGAGCGAGAGGGAGAGAGAGAGAUCGUGCCGAUGGCAGCCGUCUCUGACCACACUGCAGAGACGAACGCCUUUUUAGACAACGUUGCAGUUUUGGGUGCACAGGUCACUGUGGUCGAGAGCGCUGGAGCUUUCUCAGAUGUGUCAUUGCUAGUUCAAUUUCAGUGAUCCUUUCUGUGAAUAAUUUGUUUUUUUGUUUUUUAAAUGGGUCAAAUAGUACUAACUGAAUAAGCAUUGUGUAAAAGAAACAGCCAGUUUGCAUUUAAGUGUUUCAAGAUGUUAUAAUCGACUAAAGUCCAGAUGUUGUGCUCUGUUUUUAUGUCACGUUUUGAUAAAAAAGAAAAAAAAAAAUUUAAAGAAUGCCAAAUUUCACUUCUCUUAUAAUAUAUUCCUGAGUUUUGGGGAGAAGUCGUUACAUUUAUUUAUUAAACUGUAAGGUACGCAGAAUGCUGUGCAGUUACUACAGAUGAAUGCAAGUAGAGCCAGUGUAGGACGGUGAUGCACAUUCUGACAGCACCAGAAUCCAUUCAUGCUACAUUAAUGAUCAGUGAAGCUGCACACUUCUAAAUAUUGCACAAUGAAAUUGAAUGUAUCUUAUUAAAAGGA